AUGCAUGCGUAUGCAACCGCACUGCCUAACUGCUGCUGCGAGGAGAAUGCUGCGCAUGCUCGUGAUCGUGAUUAUAUUGCUCUACUCUUCUCUGGUAUUCUAUCGCCAUUAAAAUCAGGCCACGUGUCGCACCCAAUCCAGGGUAAGAGAAAGGGGUUACUUGCUUGUGUUGUAACUGCUACUUACCUGCUCUAUACACAUACAAUACUGAUAUUUACUUGUCUACGGGGUGUUUAUUGCUCUGCUGAUCAGAUCAAUCAGUGGUCCGCCAGCCAACCUCAACUGACCUCACCACCGGCUAAUCCCGUUUGGAACUUCCAAGCCACGACGCUGGCCCCCUCCCACACCUCCCGCCCCACAACCCCCUCCCCCCGCACCUCAAACACAAACCUCCACGUCCGCCGCCCCUCCUCCUCCCUCUCCCUCUCCUCGGCCACCUCGCGCCGCACCCCGCCCGACCCCACGCUCCCGCAGCGCCUCCCGCGCCACCACUCCCCGCAGGAGGCCGCGGCCUUCACCGAGCUGCACCAGGAGCUCGAGACCGAGCAGGAGGCCCAGGUCAACCGCCUGCUCAACCUUAUCCGGCUGCAGCACCUGCAGUCCGACGACGGCAUGUCGACGGCCGCCACCAUCGACUCUGCGUCCACCACCGCGCCAGCCAGUCGCCGCGGGUCCGGGAGGCUCUCGAGGGAGAAUAGCGCCAGGAGGCCGAGUGGGUCGGGGGUUGUGGCGGCGAGCUUUAUUGGGGAUGAGGGUGCGGCCGGGGGCGGGAAUGUGCCGUGGUUGGGGAGUGCGCACUCGGAUAUGGCGUUUUAUGUGGCGGAGGCGCAGAUGCUCGCGAGGGAGAAUGAGAUGCUGAAGAGGAGGAUUAGGGAGCUGGAGAAGCAGGUUGCGGAGUUGGGGGCGAAGGCUAGUGGUGGUGGAGAGGGGGUUGGGUUGGGAGUGGGAGUGGCGGUCGGGGAGGGGAGGCGCACUCACAAUGCACCGCAUCCUCCGCACCACCCCCCGCCGCCUGCGUCAACCCUCUCCGGCUCCGGAUCCGGCCAAAACGACUACACACACUGCGUAAUUGGCGGCGGUGUCGUCGGCCUCGCUGUCGCGCGCCAGCUGGCGGUGCGGCAUCCGGGGACGAGUACGGUGCUGCUGGAGAGGCAUGAGAUGGUUGGGACUGAGACUUCGUCGAGGAACUCGGAGGUUAUCCAUGCGGGGCUGUACUAUCCGGCGGGCUCGCUCAAGACGGAGCUGUGCGUGCGGGGCGCAGAGAUGCUCUACGAGCUGUGUGAGAAGGCGCGGAUUCCGUUCCAGAGGACGGGCAAGCUCAUCCUCGCACAAACCGAGCCCGAGCUCGAAACCCUCAACGCCCUCUACACCCACGCCCUCGACCACUCCAUCCCGCUCCGCUUCCUCUCCGCACGCGAGGUCCGCGCCCGCGAACCCUCCGUCACCGCGCGCCACGGCGCCCUCGAGUCCCCGCGCACCGGCAUCGUCGACUCGCACGCACUCAUGCAGCACCUGCACGGCGCCUUCGAAGACGGCGGCGGCGACGUCGCCUUGCUCUCCCCGGUCACAGGCGCCACGCCACUCGCCAAUGGCGGUGGCUACCGCAUCGAGGUCCCCGGCGGGUCCGUCACCGCCGACGUGGUCGUCAACGCGGCGGGGCUGGGCGCCGUGGAUAUCGCAAACAUGGUGCUGCCGCCGGAGCGGCACAUGACGGCGUAUUACUGCAAGGGUACGUAUUUCGCGUACACUGGGCGGGCGCUGGGGGUGCGGACGCUGCUGUACCCCGCGCCUGUGAAGGGACAUGGGGGGUUGGGGACGCAUUUGACGCUGGAUAUUAGUGGGCGGGUGAGGUUUGGGCCGGAUGUGGAGUGGGUUGGGGGCGCGGAGGAUCUGGUGCCGGGGGUGGGGAGGGUGCGGGAGGCGGUGGCGGAGAUUCGGAGGUAUUUGCCGGGCGUGAGGGAGGAGGAGCUGGUGCCGGAUUAUUGUGGGGUGAGGCCGAAGAUUGUGGGGCCGGAGGGGGGCGGGGUGGGGGGCGUGGACUUUGUGAUUAGGGAGGAGGAGGGGAGGGAGGGGUGGGUGAAUUUGUUGGGGAUUGAGAGUCCUGGGUUGACGAGCUCGUUGGCGAUUGCGGAGAGGGUGGAGAGGUUGCUGUAUGGAUCAGGGCAUGUCUAG